ACGAUUUCAAAAGCUCGUAAAAUUGAUGAUGGCUGUCAAAGUCAUCGCCCUUGCUUUAGCCAUUUGCCUCGUUGGUGUUCAGGGUACCACUGUGUCCUACCUCACGCCCAGGAUAGGCAGUAUCAAUGGUGAAACCCGCAUAACUCUCCAUGGCGUAGGUUUCGCCAAGGACCAUUUCGAAGAAGGAAAGGGAGCUGAAGUCACGUUGGUGUCGGAUAAGUCAUCCACUCCGUGCCGCAUUCACAAAGAUGGCUGCACCGAAACAAUGAUCAUGUGUUAUACACCGAAAUUUCCCGCCGCUGAUGUUGGUUAUACCGUGAAGGUGAAGGUCGAUGGGGUCGAGGUCCCGGAUGACCAACUCUGCCCUUCGAACUCAAAGCUUUGCAUCUUCACGCCAAAUCGUUGGGUGACCCCUUCCAUCACCUCUGUUAACCCUCGCUCUGGUCCACCUGGCACCGUGGUGACGAUGUGCGGACGGAUUAUCACCAAUCGUACCCAGAGUAAUGAAGAGACGAGCACCAAUGGAGUCAUGGAAAGAAUCACCCGAGUCUACUUCGGAGGGCAGAAGUGUCAGCUCAGAGUCGACGACACGGAUGAAUUAUAUGGUGUUACCCUGAACAGUGACGGUACCAGCAAGUACGGCUGUAUGACCUGCAAGCUACAGGGGACCUUUGUUGGAAAUAUCAAUGGAAGCUUCAUCAUCGAAGGAUCCUAUGGGAGAUCGUUGGCGGACCUGAGUAUCCUUCACGUCUCCGCCCAAAACAAGAUUGCCAUGUUCCAAACAUACGCAGAGGUAGACAGCGUUAGCCCCUCAGUUGGCAGCACGGCGGGAGGGACACUCCUGACCAUCACAGGGCAGAACUUCGACGAAACCACGGCACCGGCCUCGGUCACCAUCGGCGGUGAAGACUGUGUGGUGGCAUCACUGUCUGAUACUGAGAUUACAUGCGUGACUCCAAGUCAGCAAGCGACCAAGUCCGUGUACCCUGGUAACCGAGGAGUAAGGAUGGAGUUUUGGAACGAAACAUCAGUUUCUCACGCUGACAUCGACACUAUCGCCAACAUGUCGUCCCCAGAUGGCACCUACGUCAUGGAUCAAGCAGAAUACAUCGACAACGGCAACAAUUACGUCACGAGGUGGUCUGGCUUCUUCGUUGCACCUGUGACAGGGCAGUAUUUGCUGAUGGCGAAAGGAGACGAUUCGAUCAAGUUGUACGUCAGCGGCACUGAGACCCCUGAGGACAAGACACUGGUGUCCUCCAUUGAGUCAUGGACGCUCUCUUUUGAUGACCCGACUGAGUCCCAAAGGGCAUUGAAUCUAACAGCUAAGAAAUCUUAUUAUUUCGAAGCGUACCACAGACAGGCUUCCGGUGGAGGAAGUUUCUACAUGGGCGCCAAGAUCUUCACCAGUACAUUCAACAACAAACAAACUGGGGACGCAGUUAAUGAGAUGCAAGAGGUCAAAAUUCAAUCCACCAUUGUCAACGAAGUUCAAAAUAUCAGCCUCGUCAACUGGGCGACUGGAUCAUCUGUGAACGAGGUUCAGACUGUUACUGUUGAUGGUACCAAUGGAGGGUUCCAGCUCAGAAUGGAUGGUGUUUCAACCGGUGUGCUAACCUUCCCUUCGUCCGACACGGAGGUUGCUGGUGCGCUAAACAGCCUUCCUACCAUCAGUCCACGAGAGGUGACCGUCACGGAGUCAACCACAGGAACAGCUGUGGCUUUCACUGUCACAUUCAUCUCGGGAGGCGACAGAAGACUGAUAGAGGUGGUCGUUGUCGACGGCGACCUGGCUUGCUCAGUGACCGAAGAUACCCAAGGAGUCGACUCCAUGGAGACCUUCCAGCUCGAGAUUGAUGGCGUCCCAUCUGUGCCCAUCGCACGGGAUGCCGAUGCUGCAACGAUUGAAGCUGCCAUCUACAGCAUCUUCAGUGUCAAGUGUCCCACUGAUUUGACCACUCCCAGCGACUUCAAGAUAAACGAGGACUACGAGGCGGAUGGUGUGGUGGCCCCUUCGGGAACCAUCGACAGCACCUCGGCCUUCUGCGGGAGGAGAAGUCUCAAGAACCCCACGACCAUCUUCACAGCGGAGGAGGGAAAGGAAGUCAGGGCUUCGCGUUAUAAACAAUUUUGCCUCGCCUACAAGGGACUGCUCUCCGACUCAGUGAGGGUAACGUAUCAGUUCGUCAAUAAUGAUCUCCAGAUUGAAGAAGGCAGUCAGAAUGUGGCCAUUACCUUCGAAUCGGAAGAAACCACAUGGAAAUACAAGUGCACUGAUCUCAGCAAUGAACUUCCAGUUUCCACCCUGGCGCAGCUCUCGAUCAAGCAACUUUCCAUCUCCAGCAGCGAUCCAAAUGUCGACCUGAACGUGGAUAACGUCCUGCUGGCGGAGAAUGCACCCAUAUCUGACCUUGACAUACCAGCCUUGGACACGAUGCGCCUCGCCCUCUCCGAGAGCCUGGGUGUCUCGAGUGUCACCGUCACCAGGCCAGACACCGGAGUGGACAACUUCGCUAUUGAGUUGGUAGCUGCCGAGUGCAGUCAUAACUUCCCGCUCCUGCAGCCGUACUACUCACAGGAAUCGAAUGGUGUCUUCCGUCAGUCCUCCUGGGCGAGCGGCAUUGGAAUUGUCCCCGUCCGAACGGGCAGCGCGUCUCCGCCAGUGACGGGCUCCAUCGCCAUAUCCUACAAGGGCCAUUCUAUCAAGGGCAUCUCUGCCCAGUCCAGCGAGUCGGAGUUCAAAGACAUCCUCGAGGCGUCUGGGCUUGUUGGAGCUGUUGACGUGACUCGAGCUGGGACAUGCGCUGGUUAUGAAUGGUCGGUUAACUUCGUGACUUCUACCGGGGAUCAACCACCAAUGGAGAUUGACCAAGCCUUCACCUCCCUCUCUGGCAUCAGCCCUUCGGCCAAUGUGACGACUCUGAGUGAUGGCUGUCUCCUCCUGGACCCCAUCCCCGGAGACAUGCUGCGCACACCCCACACAACACCUCAAGUCUCCGUGCUCAUCAACAACAUCCCGACAUCAUGUGACGCCUGUGACUAUGAAUGGUCAGCGAGUGCUGCGCCAGCUGUCACGUCCGUCUCCCCGUCAUCUGGUACUGAGAACGAUGUGCUCACCAUCCAAGGGACCGGAUUCGACGCAACUCCUUCAAACAACGAGGUCCGAGUCGGCGACAGCUCGUGUGUGCCACAAUCGGCCACCUCCUCCGAACUGACGUGCCUCCUGGGCCCCGGGGCCAUGGGGUCAUACUCCGUACAAGUCACCGUCUCCGGCAAGGGUAAGGCGACCGGCUCGAACUCGUUCAGCUAUACCGCAAGUGUGACCAGUGUGAGUCCAACAUCUGCUACCAAGGGCGGGGGCGCUAUCCUAACAAUCAUAGGAACUGGUCUGACUGCCGAUGAGACUGUUUUGAUUGACGGUAACGAAUGUACCAAGCUCUCGCUCAGCUUCACCCAGAUGGAGUGUGAGGUUCCUCAAGGGGCAUCUGCUGGCUCCGUUUCUUUCAGUGUGGAAAAUAAUGGAGUUAGUACAUACACGAGUACCUUCACAUACAACAGUCCAUCUGGUACAUUAACCGCCGUCAAUGUCACAUCAGCCAGUGUCGAUGGAUCGACGGUCAUCGAGAUCCAAGGCACUGGUUUCGGCAGCUAUGACUCAUCGGUGAGUCUCCUGACCGUAGGUGGCGUGCACGCAGAGAUUGUCUCCUGGACAAGCACCGCAAUUGUGGCCAUCCUCCCUUCAGUAGCCUCAGGUUCCUACCCACUCAGACUCCGAGUGGCAGCGAAUGACUAUGCAGACACAACCACUAACAGCAUCCCUGACAUCACCUACGACUUCGAGCUACACCAGGUCUCGCCGAAAGAAGGCUCCCUCUUCGGAGGAACCAUCUUGACCUUCACGGGUAGCGGCUUCCCCGAGGACAUUACCCUCUACAAUAUCGCAGUGGGUGAGGUCAGCUGCACCGUGCUCAAUGCUACCUCCACCACUGUCGUGGGACAGUUGGAAGAGUACUACCCUACACACAAUGUAGACAAUACAGGGACGCAUGCAACCUAUGGUGCCGGAUACAGCUGGAACCCUGUCUCCAUUGACAUCAAAGAAGGCGACAAGAUCCAAUGGAACUGGAGUCCACCACAAUACGUCUCAGGGAUGAACUACCGAGUCUGUCAGACAGCCAAUGCCUCGUCUCUAGCCUGCGAUCCUAGCGGGUUCAGUAGCGGCGCGAAGACCUCGAAUGGUGCCUUUGUGCAUCAGUUCCUGACGGCUGGCGAGUACUUCUACUGGAGCGACUAUGUCGAUGCUGGGAACACCAUCGCCUUCCGCGGCACUGUGAGAGUUGCCGAGAGACAGUCCCAGUCAUCAAGUGUGUCGAUGCAAGUCAAGGGUGUUGCGGCAAAGUUAGCACCUGUUUCAAAAAGGCAUACACGAGCCGUCAUAGAUAGCUGCAGUCCAGUGACCCUGCCCGCUGGCUGUGAGAACAAUGGAGGAAGUGUAACCUUCUUCUUCACCAGUUGCGCUACUCCCAACAUCACAGCCUUCACAGUGACCCAGAACAGCAAUGACUACACCAUUGAGAUGACUGGUGAAGGAUUCGGAACUGACCUCUGCCAGCACACUGCCUUUUUUAUGGACGAGCCACUGACCAUUACGAGCGCAAGUACAAACAGUGUGGUCGCUACCUUCACCCCACAUGCUGAGCUUGCAAUCGGGGUCUCCUACGACCUGAACUCCGCCAUCAGUCUCUUUGUUUACGGCGCAGGAUCUACCGCAGUCCAGAUCAGUAAUAGUACCAGCUACAUCUUCAAACCUGUCGUGUCUGCAGCUAGUCCGACUACCGGAUCAUGUGCUGGUGGAGCUAAGUUAGCGGUGACGGGAAUGCACUUAUCUGAUGGAGGCUCGUCUGUCAGCAUCAACUUCCCAGGAGUUGGCGCCUGUGAAAUAACCGAAGAGACACAUGACUCUCUGAUAUGCUACACACCUUCUCUCACUGAUGGUAUCGAGUACAUGGUGUCCAUCUCGGUGACAACUCCCUACGAGACACUUGAGGCUACUGGUGUCGAUGUGACAUUCACUUGUGGUUCAGCCGCUACUCCAGAUGUCACCGCUGUUGAUCCCACAUCAACUGAUGGCACGGACACACUCACCAUCUCCGGGUCAGGUUUCGGCGCCAGAACAGCAGAUGUAGUUGUGUACGUGGGUACAGUCCCUUGCACUGUGGCAACGUGUUCAAGCAGUAUCAUCACUUGUAAUCUCCCAUAUACCGUCCCAGGGACCCAGGACGUCGUAGUGGUGAGAAACCCAGAAGGCAACUCAACUGGCUCAGUGUCGAUCACGGUGAUCCCACUUCUCACUGGGCUCUCCUACUCCUCCGGUAGCACCAAUGGUGGUUUACUUCUCCGAGCAAGCGGCGCUGGGUUUGUUGAUGGCUCCACCACCAUAACAGUCGACGGUGCCUCUGUGACUCCAACCGACGUCUCGUCCACCUUCGUCGAGUUUGUGACCCCUGCCCAUUCUGCUGGCAGCGCGGACAUCAACAUCACUUCGAAUGGAGUAACAUAUCCUGCACAAAGUUUCAGCUAUUCCAGCGGGUCGACACCUAUCGUGAACAGCUUAUCCCCAAGCUCAGGCACGGGAGGUAGCUCUAUGACCAUCUCCGGGUCUAACUUCGAGGCAACUUGCAAUAUGAAUACCGUGAUUAUCUGCGGGCAGGAAAGUGAAGUCACCGCAUGCUCCUCGAGUAGCCUAACUGUCACUCUCCCGCCGUGUCCUGCUGGAGACUACACAGUCUACGUCCAUGUUGAGGGGAAAGGGGAUGCUACGUCUUCGUUCCAAUUCACCUUCCCAUUGACCGUCAGCUCCAUGUCGCCUGUUACAGGUAGUUUCGGUGGAGGCCAGAUUCUUUCAAUUGCUGGCCAAGGCUUCGACGGCAAUGAUACCUCCAUCACAAUCUGCGGGGAGCCGUGUCCCAUCGUCCUCACUGCACCUAACUCGCCAACGGCUGUCCAGUGCACCGUUCCUGCUGCGCUUGACACUGGCUCUGGGACCAAGCUGUGCGACAUGAUCGUCUCCUCUGGAGAAUCCACUCUAACUCACGGCACACAGUAUACCUACCAGGCCGCCCUGACACCUUCCAUCUCAUCUGUCUCGCCAGCAAGGGGCGGCACUGGCGGAGGAACCACUAUCACCAUCAAUGGAUCUGGAUUCGGUACCUCGAGCUCAGAUGUGACCGUCGACAUAGCUGGUUCCGACUGCGCCGUGCAGACUGUCAGUGACACCACAAUCACGUGCAUAACAUCGGCCCGGAGUCCCUCAGUCAUGGCCAAGGUGGCCGUUAGUGUAGGGACCAAUGGUCAAGCCCCCGAGGAUAAUGCUGAUUUCCAUUACAUUGAUGUGUGGUCGUCUCCAUAUACCUGGGGCACCAACCUAAGCCUUCCUGUCGAUGGAGACAUGAUUGUGGUGGGUCCUGGUCAGACACUCAUGGUGGACACUGACACUGCCAUCGUAAAGAUGCUCCUAGUCCAAGGCGGCACUGUCAUAUUUGACGAGAAGGAUGUCGAGCUGAACUGUGAGAACAUCCUCAUCACGGAUGGAGGCACCUUCCAGAUCGGUACAGAGGCCGAGCCCCACCUCAGUAAGGCGACCAUAACUAUGCACGGUAACCUAAGGGCCACUGAGCUUCCAAUCUAUGGAGCCAAAGCACUGGCCGUCAGGAAUGGGACUCUGGAUCUCCACGGCAAGCCAAUUGCAAACACAUGGACCAAGCUAACAGGCACAGCAGCGGCAGGCACGAACACCCUGACAGUCGGACACGACGUGACAGACUGGGAGGUCGGCUCAAAGCUCAUCCUAGCGUCCACAGGCCACAGACACAGCCAGCGCGAGAAUGAGGAGCUAACCAUAGCGGCCAUCUCGGGUGACGGAAAGACCAUCACUCUGGUGGAGAAUCUGCAGUAUGAGCAUCUAGGCGUUACCGUCACAGUCGGCGGGAUGCCUUUGGAGAUGCGGGCAGAGGUCGGCUUGCUCACUCACAACAUCUUGUUCCGGGGGUCGAAUGAUCCGCAGUGGAAUGUUGUUAUUGAAGCAUGUCCUGAUGGAUUUGAUACAGGUGAAUUCGCUACGCAGACUUGCUUUCAAGGUCGACAUGGAGAGGAGAUGGGCAGUGACCAGUUUGGCGGACACAUCAUCAUGCAUGGGCCGGAGCCAAACAAAGACUUGGUCGUCGGUCGGAUAGAGCACGUUGAGCUGAACUACGCGGGCCAGGCAUUCAGACUCGGGAGGUAUCCUAUUCAUUUCCAUUUGAACGGCGACAUGACCGGUUCCUACGUUAAGGGCUGCGGAAUCCACGAGACCUUCAACCGGGCAGUCAACAUCCACGGGACACACAAUGUUCUCGUCGAACACAAUGUCAUUUAUAAUAUCAUGGGUGGCGCCUUCUUCUUGGAAGAUGGUAUAGAGACUGGGAACAUCUUCCAGUACAAUCUUGCAGUAUUUGUCAAAUCGAGUACGAGUCUUCUUAACGAUGACAUCACACCUGCUGCGUUCUGGGUGACCAAUCCUAACAAUACAGUCAGACACAACGCCGCGGCCGGAGGCACUCACUUCGGGUUCUGGUAUAGGAUGCAUGAACACCCAGACGGGCCUUCUUAUGAUAGUAACAUCUGUCCCAAGAAGAUUCCACUCUUGGAGUUCAGGAACAACACUUGCCAUUCCCAAGGUUGGUUCGGAUUGUGGAUCUUCCAAGAGUACUUCCCAACUGUAACUGGUGCUUGUGACGACCCUGUCGCAAAACCUGCAGUCUAUGAGAGCCUAUAUGCUUGGAAUAAUGAGAAAGGAGCUGAGUGGGUAAACUGCGGGGCCAUGCAGUUCAAAGAUUUCGUGAUGUACAACAACGAAAAGGCUGGCAUCGAAAUGAAAAUGAUCAAGGGGUCAAAUACUCCGAGAUUUGACGAUGGUGGCGCUGUGAUUGAGGACGCCCAUAUUGUUGGCUACCUGACAGACACCGCGGACUGUUCCACAGCGGGUAUUGUUUUGCCAUUUGAUGAAGGUCUCCUCGUGAAGGGUACGAAGUUUUCAAACUUUGACCAAAGUACUUGUGCUGCAUUGGCUGUCACUCGAAUCGACGGGACAUCUGGACCAAGCAACGGUGGCUGGCAAUACGACUUCUAUAGCACAAGCUGGGUGAACUCUCCGAAUAAGUGCAGAUACGCCUGGGAACACGAAGGAAUUUUGAAAGACAUGGACGGCACUCUCACCGGUGUUGCUGGGCAGAGUGUUGUCCCGACCAGUGGUCUCCUUCCAACUGGGGACUGCACUGCUGCAUCGGACUUCAGUCAUGGUUUCGCUGCAAGCGUGUGUGCAGCGGGCGUGAAGUUCCACAGGUUUUCCUUCAACAAUCCGUCACCCGAAUCGUUAGCCGCCAAGGACUGUAUCUUCGAGAACCAGUACGGAUCCAGCAGUGUGCCUUUCGAGAAGAAACGACUGACCCACAAACUCGGCUGGAUGGUGGUCCUAGUCGGUGGCACCAACAACACAAUGCACUUCGAGAACGUUGACCAUAUUACCAACAUCUCUUACUCUGGUACAUUCUACACAUUGGAGGAGAAUGACUGCCUCAUCAUAAACCACAAUUUCACACAGAAACCAGACAGGUUUGCCAUCGUCCCCACUCAAAAUGCCAACAGCACUGACACCAUGGUCUCGUGUGGGAGCAACUAUAAUUAUGAUUACUACUUCGACAGGAACACCAAGGAUCUUUACUACAUAAUAAGUGGUAGCGAUAGGCCAGCAAACUCUACGAGAAAGAAGCGGGCAAUCGUCGGCCCAUCCACGACCACCAGGCAAGUGGACCUCCAGGUUUAUCGCUGCUGGUACAAGGACUGUAUCCCACCGCCAGACCCGAAUACCGUGCCCCCACCGGACACCAGGCCAGAUAACUUCACCAUGUGGACGGACCUGGCCACUUGGGAAGGCGCAGAGGAAGGUUAUGGUGGCAACUGUGCUAAUGUGACCUGUCUACCUCAAGAAGGGGAUAAUAUCAAGAUCCGUUUCGACCAAUGGGUUGUCAUCAACGAACCAUUGCCAAAAUUCACUAAAGUCUAUGUUUACGGAGUCAUCGAAUUCAAUCACACCAACCCGGACCUGAACGUGGUGUUCAGCGCCACCCAUAUCUUCGUGAGUGGAGGCAGGCUAAUUGCGGGGUACACUGCUUCAGGAGAGCAUAUGCAGGGACAGGUCACCAUCGAGCUUAGAGGAGAUCAUAAUACGCCUGACAUGCCAUUGCCUGGUGGACCUAACAUGGGCGCCAAAGCCCUUGGUAUUUUCGGUGGCCUUGACCUUCACGGCAAACCACGAAGUCUCACGUGGACGAAACUGGCGGUGACAGCCAAUCAGGGCGACAAUGAAAUCCAAAUAGCUGAUGCGCAUGACUGGCAGGUUGGAGAGGAUAUUGUAAUCGCGCCGACGGGAUUCGAGGCGAGUGAAUGCGAGACUGCGCGGAUCACUGGAGUGUCUGGCCAGACUAUCACUCUGAACAAGACUUUGACGCAUAAUCAUUUGGUCAAAGAAGUCACUUCCCCCGAGUUAGUGUCCAAGAACAAGACCUUCACAAUGGCCGCAGAGGUUGGCCUCCUGAGUAGAAACGUCAAGGUGGUUGGUGAAGACUACAACACCAUCAAACAAGAUGCCUUCGGAGCUAGAGUUAUCAUGGGGACCUACUCCAUGCUGGACCAGAUAUACAGAGGUUGGGCCCGAGUCAGCAAUGUUGAGUUCUACAGGGGCGGUCAACUUGGAUGGACAGACUCGUAUGAUCCACGCUAUGCCCUUGUUUGGGUCGAUACAGGAGACGUCAUCCCCGCACGGCCAUCUUUCGUCCGGGACUGCGCCUUCCAUAAUGGACUCGCGCCAGCUAUCGGCGUGUUCGGAUCCAAUAAAAUCCCGAUUGAAAAUAAUGUCAUUCAUCAUCCAGUAGGUUCAGGAAUCAUCGUGGAAGGCUCAGGCAACGAAAUCCGUAACAACCUCGUCACCAACGUGGUCUGGAACGGCCAUUACAAUAAUAGAGAUGAGCCUUGGAAUAUCAUGUAUGAUGCUGGGAUCCAGGUUAACAAUGUAGUUGAUGUCGUCAUGGAAGAUAACGUGGUGGCCGGAUCGGAAAGAGCUGGCUUUUCCAUCAAGGGAGAGAUAUGCGAUGAUACUGUUGGAUGGAAAAAUAAUGAGGCGCAUUCUGUCCACUUAGGAACCCUCCAAUUCCCUGGGGACGAGCAACCAGGUUGCUCCAAAAUAUCAGGAUUCAGAAUCUGGAGAGCUUUUGAUUUCGGCAUCUAUUCCCAAACUGCGAGCAGUAUGCUAAUCAAUGACGUCACGAUGUCCGACAAUGGCGUCGGUAUCUACAACUACGUCUACGGCCCUGCUUCCAAAAGCCAUAUCUGCGAAGAAAAGACUGUUACGGUGCAGAACUCGGCAAUUAUUGGGGACAGUGGAACUUUUAGUUGCAGCGAUGACCUUGAUAGGACGACAAAUAAUUUCAAGAACAGCGGUCGUGGACGGUCGUAUCGGAUAGACGGCGGCAUGACUGGAAUUGGUUGGUACGGGCGCGCAUCAGGCCCCAACACAGCCCCUUUGAAACCAUUCUUGAAGGAGAUGAAUUACCCGGGACUUUGUGGGAAAAUGACUGUCAGAGACACCCUCUUCUACGCGUUCAACGCAAACCGUUGCAGCCGCCGGAACUAUGUCAUUAGUACCACUCCAACAUUUGAAGAUAAUCUACACCCUGUCUAUUUUGAGAACGUACAAGUUGCCGAUGUUGACGAUGAUAGUAAGGCUUUCUUCCACCAUGCUUCCGUCAGUAAGGCAAACCCCGCCGAUUGCGUUGACAUGGUAUGCGAUGCCAAACAGAACUGCUUUAUCGCCGACACCGAUGGCUCCUUCCUGGGCGGUUCCCCCGGAACAAUCGUGGCCCAGGCUGAGUAUGAGUGGGACGGCGACGCCCGCAGGGGUGUGGGCGACUACAGGAUCCCUAAAGUGGCACUGACAGACCCCCAGGGCAAUAAACUUAAUGUGAACGACGUCUGCCCAAACAAAGGUAUUGUUGGCACCAAUGCGUGUACCUUCAUGUCCACAUGGCAAGCAUACAAGUGUCAGAACUCUCUGAAGUACGCCCAGCUCAUCAUUGAGAACAUGGACCAUGACACUGAAGAGAGGCGACUGUCUCCCGUGGCGUUGAUCAGCCCCAACGAGAAGUACGUGAACCUGCUGAACGGGCCACAAGACCAUGGAUGGUGCAAUGGUUAUACCUGCCAGAAGAGACUGUCGACAUUCUGGGCAAUGGUAGCACUCGAGAAGGAAUACCACAUCUACUUCACAAGCACCAGCCCCGAGCAUCUCCGGCUUCGUCUCCCCAAUGUCGACACCACCGACUCAAUCAAGCUGGCCGUCUAUUACCGACUCCCACAAAGAUUUGAUGUCUACUACGAAGACGUGAGAGUCCCACCUCUGAACGAAGGACCCAACUCGAAUGGCGACACUGUGCUCUUCCCGCCGACUGCCGGCGUGGAUCCCACACCCUCACUCAGCGAAGGCCCAGGAGCGAAUUACUUUGACCGAGAUUACGACUUGCUAUAUUUCAUCAUGAAGGGAACUACCCACCUUGACAUCAAGAUGUCUUCAGUUCUUGUCAUAUCUUUCAAUAUGCCAGCAAUGACAGUUGACGACUUUUUCGGAACGGAAAUCGUCAACAACCUUGCCAUAUUCCUCGGGGUGCCAAAGUCUAAGAUCAAAUUCGUCAGCGCGGUCAACGCGAAGACAGGCAGUCGGCGCCGCCGAGCGACUGAUGACGAUAUGACAGUGACAUUUGAGGUUGGAGACGGGCCGACAUCUGGUGUCAAUGAAACGGUGUCGAAUCCUACAACGAAGACAGAACUGGACGAAAUGGCGGAUAAAAUCACUGACGCUGCUCAGCAGGAAACCUUAGGAGAGUCGCUCGGGACCAACGUGUCCAACACGGCCGUUUCUAGAGCAGCCCCAUCCAGUGAUUCUAGCGAAUGGGGUGCUUUCGCCAACCAGACCUCUGAUGAUUCAAGUGGUACCACACUGAUUGAUGUUCCCUCGACCUUGGUUAUCAGUCAGGAUGUGGAGAUCACAUCUGAAGCCAUCGUGUUCAGGAGACAACCAUGGUUGCGGUUUAGAGAUUCAGAUGGCAAUCUGUUAACCACCGUAGGUACGGACAGCACUUCGUGGGUUGUCAGCGCAUCUAUCCGGAUGGGAACAGGUCAUGCCGACGCAGUACUGACGGGGACAACCACCGCCACCUUCGUAGAUGGCAUCGCCAAGUUCACCGACCUAGCCAUCACCCACCACGGCAAGGGAUACAUCCUUGACUUCAACCUGACAUCACCAAGCCUUGCGGUGUUGAAAGCGGUCGCAUCAAAUCCGAAGGCCGUCCCAAAACGUAGCUUGAAGCUGGCGCUUCACUUGCCGCCCACAGAUCUAAAGGAGGGCAAGACAUUCGGCUUGAAGGUCAAGAUUUCUGAUAAGAAAUCGCAAACACUUCCCGAUAUUACCUGGAGGGGACACAACUGGACGGCGACUGUCAGGCUACACACUCCUGGAAAAUACCAGGGCGAGUUGGUUGGCAACACGACGGGUUUUGUCGACGUGGCGAACAAUGAGAUCGACUUCUUUGAACUCUCCUUCACGAAGAUGAGCAAAUACAUCCUGGACGUGGUCAUGGAAUCCUCGCCUCCUGGUUACUCCUACAAGGUAGUCUCGAGCAAGAUCGACGUCAAGCCGCCAGGAUUCCAGACGCCGUCAAAGGAAUCGAAAAAAGGAUGCAGGAUGCGGUUUGCGGAAGACUACAGUGUAGUUAGUGGGAACGAAGCAGCUUUUGAGAUGACCAUGUACAACGAGUUGGCCACGAAAUACACCACUGUUAGCUUUGAUAGCUUCGCGUCUUCACAAGGUAGUGUCAUAGUGACGUUCAACGUGGAAGGAAGCUCGGCCGACACUGCUGACACCAUUGCUGCGAUCUAUGCCGCACUUGACGCCGGUUACACCGUGGUCUUCAACGGCUAUACCCUCAAUGCGGACGGGACACUAGAGAUUGACGGGGUGUCAUACGGGGUCACAACUGACACCAGCGGCGGCCUGUCCACCACGGAAAUCAUUAUCAUUGCGGUCGUCUGCUCCGUGGUCGUCCUCGCCAUUCUUACCACUGUCCUCGUCGUCUCCUACAUCAAGAACAAGAACAAGAAAAAGAAUGAUCUUGAGAGAAAGGCCAGUACGGCAACUCCAGUGCAGUUCUUGAAUGACAGAGUCUCCUCGGUCGAGAAGGAACAGAUCUACUUGCAAUGGCGCCUAAACUCUCCACCGGAAAAGCCCGCGGCGAGGAAAUCGGAGAAAUGGGAGAACACAAUCUUGGUGCAGGACGCCUACGGCAGAGGAGCAGCCAAGCAGGAACCCAUGAUCGCUCUGCCGACUGAAAAGAGGGCGACACCUGUGAAGUUCAUGACCAUGGCCUGGGACAAUCCUGCUAUGGAAUCGGAUGAUGAUUAUGACCGACCCAUGACCGGUACAAGGAGUCCGAGUCUCCGACCCGGAACCGCCAGCAGUCUGAGGCGCACUUUGAACGGCAUGAGCGCCAAGGUUCAGCCCAGCGAUGAUGACAGCUCUGAUCUGGGCAGUCGGCCAGGGAGCACUAGGACUCUGGUGACGCCUCAUAUGAGCGCCCGGGGAACCAGUAGGGUCAGUGCCAUCCAGCGGGACGGGGAGCUCCGGGCUUCCGGAAAUGUUCCAGCAGUCGAAUAGACUACAUGUUUAUAUAGUGACUAGCCGAAACAGGUUUUUCAAUCCUUUUGAAAGAUAAAAUAGGCCUACGAAUGUCUUUGGAGUCAGUAGGUAUUGUUCGACACUCGUUAAUCGGCUUAGAGUAUUUUAAUGUUUCCAGUAUAAUUUUUGUCUGUGAUAUAAGAAUUGGUAUUGUUCAUUAGAACUGCGCCUUGGGGGAUUGUAAACAUAUCUGUGACUAUGUUUUAAUUUGUAUUGAUGCUCAGACAGACUGUGAUAAAACAACACAUGUAUUUAGUGUAGUUUAGUAUAUUAAAACGGCAUUAAGAAGUAUAUUUCAGUAAAGUUGGCGAACACGCAAGUGCGUGUUGUUAUAUACAUGUACAUGUUUAAUAACCACAAAUUUUCA